AUGUUUGAUUCAAUUGCUGCAACUUUGAUUCUGGGUUACCGUCCGGUUUGCGGUGGGAAUUUGAUUAGGGAUGUGAAUGGAAAGAGGAAAUCUUUCAAUACUUGCAGGUUUCCACCAGGUGAGUUUCUUGGUGGAAAGGUUGUUGUUUCACUGCCUUUGGUUAAAUCGAAGCGAGAUGGGUUCUUGUUGGCUUCGUCAAUUAAGGCUCUCGCGGUGGAGCUUACGAGAGAAGUCUAUGCGUAUAGGGAGGAUAGAUUGCCAAAGAAAGGGAAUAGUAAGAUUGACAGUGGUUUUGAUCGAAGGCCUGAUUUGUGGCCACCGGAGAAUCGAGCGGAUAAGCCUUCGCUGAGAAACCCGUUGCUUAGACAGGAGAGGAUGGGAUGUGGUUGGUUGGGGGCUAUAUUUGAGUGGGAGGGGGUUCUCAUUGAAGAUAACCCGGAUUUAGAGAAACAAGCUUGGCUUGCACUUGCGCAAGAGGAAGGAAAACCGUCUCCUAUGGCUUUUGUGAUCAAGAGAAUUGAAGGUAUGAAGAGUGAACAGGCGAUUUCGGAAGUGUUGUGUUGGUCUAGGGACCGGACUGAGCUGAGAAGAAUGGCGAAUAGAAAGGAAGAAAUCUACCAAGCUUUGCAAGGUGGGAUUUAUAGUUUCAUGCCUGGGUCGAAAGAGUUUGUCGGUGUUUUGAUGCAUUAUAAGAUACCGAUGGCUUUGGUUUCUACGCGGCCUAGAAAAGUUAUCGAGUUUGCUAUGGGGGAAAUUGGCAUAGUAGGAAACUUCAAUGUUAUUGUUGCGGCCGAGGAUGUUCACAGGGGAAAGCCUGAUCCUGAGAUGUUUGCGUAUGCAGCUCAGCUUUUGAACUUCAUACCUGAAAGGUGCAUUGUGUUUGGAAACUCAAAUCUAACCGUGGAGGCAGCACAUGAUGCACAGAUGAAGUGUGUUGCUGUUGCUAGCAAGCAUCCCGUGUACGAGCUUCGGGCUGCAGACUUGGUUGUGAGGCGCUUGGAUGAGCUUUCAGUGGUUGAUUUGAAGAAAUUGGCAGACAUUGAGACAUCUGAAUUUGGGUCACCACAGCCUCAGAUGGAGUUGGAAGAAUCAUCUGAUGACGACAGUUUCUGGUAA